AUGUUCCACUUCGACAAAACACAGAAUGAUUCGUCGAAUGUCAAACACAUUCAGUUAGUAGAUGACAAACAAUAUAAAACAGUAGAAGACAACUUUUUCAAAUCUUAUGCAUCAACCAUAAAUUAUAUUCAACAGAAACUGACAGUUUCACGACCACACACCGAGGCCGCGAUUCAAGCAGCUGGUUUCACAUAUACCGAAAAUAGUGGCAAUGGUGUAGGAUGUUCUGAGUGUGGAAUGGAAAUAUCUGGUUUAACGAAGGAAAUGUCACCGUUUGAUGAGCAUAAAAGCAAAAGCCCAUUGUGUCCAUUUGUGACGAAGAUGACAUGCCUUGAGAAGCAAAAUGGAUUAUCAGCAGAUCAAUCGACAUCGCCUACCCAAAUCAAACCACCAAAAUUACAAAAAAUGGAAACAUCGACAUGUGUGGUAGAUGCCACUACUCAACAGAAUAAUAAUAAAGGAAAGCAACAACAGGAAGAAAAAUGUUUGAACGACCUACCGAACAGCUGA